AUGAGCCGUCCCCGUGUUGCUUACCAUGGCACAGUCAUACAAAGGAAAACAGCACCAGCAACUGCGUCUCGCAACAGAACAACAGGCACCGGCAGUGGUGGCAUGUGGCGUUUCUACACUGACGAUUCACCUGGCAUCAAAGUAGGGCCUGUGCCAGUUUUAGUGAUGUCCCUUCUCUUCAUUGCAUCAGUCUUCAUGCUCCACAUCUGGGGAAAAUACACUCGCUCAUAGGAAAUGGAGACUAUCCUAACAUCAUUCCUUCUUUCACUGUGAACUGCCGACAAACAAUUCCGUAAAGUGGUUCAUGGCAUUUAUCAUUCAUUCACAACUCAUGGAUUAAGUUAUUGGUUUCAUAAAAUUAUAGACUUAUCAUAGUCUAAAUAUCAUAUUCAUUGUCCAUAAACUCAUCUACUACAAUAAUAAUUGUUUGUUAUUAUUCUAAUUUAUAUUUAAAAUUUAUUUCAAUUGUUGUAUUAUUGAAUAAACCAAUUUUAUAUAAUUCUCUUGUCAAAUGAAUAAGUAUUGAUAUUGUCAAGUGCCGCUAUAAUAGAGUUGUUAUUAGAUUGGACUGGACAAUAACAAGUGUUAUGAAUUUCCAUUUGUAAAGUGAAGGAUUCCAUUUUGGUCAGUGACGGAUGGAGACGGCUUCAAUGUAGGAGCACCCCAGUCUUAUUCUGAAAAUGUUGAAUACUCUAUUCUAUUGAGCUAUAAUGAUAAAAAAUAACCUGGUUGGCUCAGGUCACACCUGAUAAAUUUAAGGGCCUCUGACGACUUCUUUUAGUAAGACGGAACUGACAGUUCCAAUUUUAAUAAGUGUAAUAAAUUUAUUAAAUUUUUCAUACAAAGUUUACGUUAAAUAAAAGUCCACUCAAAAUUGUCUACCGACUGGUCUCGGGAAAUAACACACGAGACUUGUGAAUGGGAGGUUCUCGGUUCGAAUCCAGCUACAGUCAUUUUUUUCUGAGCAUUUUCAAGCUCAAUGAAGAUUAUCCACGUAAUUUUAACAAAAUAAUAAAUAAUUAUUCCAUUAUUUCAAUCAAUAUUUCUAUUGUAAUAGCUGUCAAGUAAAUUUGGUAGUUUUUAAUUUCCAGCAUGGAACUAUAAAACUAUUUCAAUUUUUUUUUUCAGAGCCCCUUGUGGAACGUGGGCUACACCUGCUUGUAAAAUAUAUUCUAUUAGGCAAUUAAUAUAGCUCACUUAUUAGAUCUGCUAAUGAAUCUUGAUGUGAAGUGACUAUAUGUCUUUUUGUAUUAUGAGGUUGAAUCAAACCAAAAUUAAAUUAUGCACACAUUGUACAGUUAUAGUACUGUCAAUGAAAGGUAAUGAGAGGGAAAUGUUUGGAAGACAAUUUUUGACCCCGCAGCUCUGUUUGGGGAUAGCUGGGUGAUGAACAUAUUAAGAGUCUUUACCCCUUAUAGCCAUGCGCAUUCAGCUCCAUUCAUACUUCACAAAAUUGAAGCUUAUAAUAUUUUCUAGAAGUUUUAACAAACUCAUUUCUCUGUAUCUUUUACAGUUCAUUUCUGAUGUAUCUUUUGAAGGUAUUCCAUUUUGAAAAAAAAACUGGUUUUGUUUCCAGUGUUUUUUUUGCAUUUUGGCCUUCUAACUUUACAAUGAAUAAUGAAAAAAGUAUAAUUUAACCGUAAUAUGUAUUUAUCCACGACUUUUGCAACAGUAAUUAAUUUCCUUAAUUGAUAUUAAAUAUUUUGUUGAAUAAUUACUAGUAGUUCUGUGAACAGUAGACCUCGCGCAGUUAUAGACCGCAGCCUCCUCUUAUACUGCCCAUCAGAGUAAAUCCUGUCUGUAUGUCGUGUCGGCGAGAUAUCGGUGUGAAAACGGCUAAUGGCUGUUGGGGUUGGUGUAUCAAAAAUGCUAACAUCAAAAGCUAAUCUCCUUCAAGUAAUACUGGCAACAGGACAGCCCAAGUUCAAAGCAGAGAAAGUUCGAGAGACAAUGCUACCUAUGUUAUAUUUUUAGUUAUUAAUUGCACGCAAUCAAUAGUUCAUUUAUUUAUUUGUUCACAAUGGAGACAACGGGUUUCCCCGAAUAUGUCUCCUUAACAAAAACAAAUUGUAAAGAUACAAAUGAAAAAAGAAAAAUAAUGCAAUAAUAAAUAAUAGGCCUACAAACAACAAAAAUACCACCUAAAUGAAAAAUACAAAGAUUUCAAAUACUUAUGAAAAAAGUAAAAAUGAAACAAAUAGGGAAUUCAAAAUUUAUAAAAAUUAACGAUUAUGAUAACAAAUAAUGAACAAAAAUUUUAUCAAUAGAAUAAUGUAAAGUAGAUGAGACAGUGGCACUUUCUCAAUAACAAUGUAAGCUAAUGCCUUCACCAAAUAUGCAAUCGUAUGGUGGGAAGAAAAAACUAUAGCUUUCUGUUUUUAUUUAAUAUCAAAAAUUAUUUAUUUAAUACGAAUAUUCCCAUAUGAAACGAUGCGAAACGGAAAAAAAUGAAUUGAGAUAAAGGAAAGAUUACAACUAUAAUCAACAAUCAAAAUUUCUGAUUAUAAUAAUCAGAUAAUAAUUUAAGGGCUACUCGCUUAGCUGAUCUGUGGUCGAUCAGUUU